AUGGUUAUUAUCAAAGCAUACACAGGGACAGAUAGCGGUAUUUUUAACUCUGACUCUGACACGGAGACGGAGACGAGGUUAGCUGCGAAGAACAAGCCUGCCAUUCGCGGCAAAACCGCGAAAGGACGUGGUAGUGGUCUUGCUCGGGCUAAGGCUGAGCUGAAAGCCAAGGCCAACGAAGCCAGAGAGGAAGCCUUCGAGCGAUCGCUGCGUAGUCGAGCGUUUCGAAAGGACGCUCCUCAGGAUCCCACGAAGUUGGGUGCGGAGGAACUUCGAGCACAAGCUGGCCGAAGCGCAGCUCUCAUUGUGGAGGUGGCCCAAAAGUCCUCUAACUUAAAAGGAGGCUUUGCAAAGAGGCUGAGGGAGUCGGCGGCUGCACUGCAGGGCAUUGUAGACGCCUUAGCAUCUCGGACAGAAGCCGAGGAGACGCGAAAGCUCCGCGUUGAUAAUGGCCGCCUGCGCAAAGAGGUGGACAGCCUCAAGGCCGAGGUGAAAGCUCACCGCCGCGAGUUCGCGGAGAUGCGGACCAAGGUGGCAGGGGCAAAUGAGGCAUCUGGCUCUGCACAGGAUGCUCAGAUGGAGAAAUUUAAGGCCUCCAUAAUUUCUUCGCUCGGCGUUAUGUUUAACGCCCGAUUUGCAGUACUAGAGGAACGCUUGCCACCCGCAAAGAUACAACGCCCUCCGUUAGCUGCGGAUAAGAGGCGGGAGUCGGCGCAGCAAAUUGCUGCGCCCUACGCGCAGGCAGUCCACCCGGCUCCACUGCCGAAAGUUACACCCGUGCCAAAGCGGGCGCCACGUGCUGCUCCGACAGCACCUAUCGCUGGUCCUUCAAGCGACCAGACUACGUCGGAGACGAUUCCACCACAGGUAGUCCAGGAGAUUUCCUGGUCUACUGUGGUUAAAAAGGGAAAGAAGGGAAAGCAGGUUUCUCCCCCGGCUGUUACAACCGCCACGGUUGCGCCUACGAUGCCUAAGGUACGUCAUGCGGCCAAGUCCAAGCUGGCCGCUCCUCGUACAGCUGCAGUGGUUUUAACGCUGCAGCCGGAAGCGGAGCAGAAAGGCAUCACGUAUGCCCAGGUCUUGGAGCGCGCUGAGCAGAACGUGAAACUCGAAGACCUUGGGAUCAAUGGCGGGCUCAAAGUUCGACGCGCAGCGACGGGGGCUAGAGUGCUGGAGCUGCCGAGAGCACAGACAGAACAGGCGGACAAAUUAGCCGACAAGCUCCGCACUUUGUUGGAUGGGGUGGCCAACGUUGUUCGCCCCAUAAGAAAGGUGGACAUUAAGGUGACGGGGUUAGACGACUCCGUCACUAAAGAAAAAAUUAUUGCCGCAGUCGCUCGCGAGGGGAGUUGCCCCGCUGAAAUGUUAAGGUGUGGAGAUAUUUCACGCGGGCCCGGUUAUAUGGGUAUGGUCUUUGUGUCGUGUCCGAUAGCUGUGGCGAAGAAGCUGUCUGAAGCCGGUCGUCUCUUGGUUGGGUGGAGCUCGGCCAGGGUGUACGUGCUGGAACAGCGCCCUCUGCACUGCUAUAAGUGCAUGGGCCUUGGUCAUACAAAGGCGCUCUGCCCAUUCAGUGCGGAACGAGGAGGCCUUUGCUACCGGUGCGGCGUUGAUGGCCACAAAUCGGCUGCAUGUACCGGGAAGCUGCGGUGCGCAGUGUGCUCAGACGCCGGCAAGCUCUCCGGGCACGUGAUGGGGUCGAGGGAGUGUAACCCCCCCAUCACGAAAGGUAAGGUGGUCCGAGAUAACCAGACCACCGCCAACGUGGGACGGCGCCAGGCCGAGGAGGAAGCUGCAAUGUCAGUAUGA